AUGCAUCGGGCAUCGAUCGCCCGUCUGGCCCAAUAUGGGGGGGUUGUGCUUGCUGAGCUACCUCCCCCUUAUUUGGCGCCAUCCCUUCACUUCUCGAUGUCCCGGUCCCCUGUGCAGUCCUCCAGCUUCUCUACGACUCCCGUCGCCGCUGGCCGUGGACGCGACAUGAACAGGACCCGGGGUGUCUCUGCGAUUCACCGGACCGGUACUAGAUUCAAGCUGAGCGCCUCGAAAUACCCAUUGCCUCAGCCUGUCUCGCCGGAGAAAAUGAAGGAGCGAGCUAAGACUCCUGUUCAUGGUCUCUGGGGCUUCUUCCCGCCAUCACGCGAGGCAUUAAGUAUCCCGGAAUUCGAUGCGGACUUUGGCCGUCCGUGGGCUAUUCAAGAACUACGCGAGAAGAGCUGGGAUGACCUACAUAAGCUGUGGUGGGUUUGUGUUAAGGAGCGCAACCGUAUUGCGACCUCGAACAUGGAGCGAAACCGACUGAAGGCUGGAUAUGGUGACCACGAGUCCAAUGAGCGUGAUCGCGCUAUCGUUAUCACUCAGAAGAGCAUCAAACAUGUUCUGCGUGAGCGCUGGCAUUCUUGGGAGGAGGCCAGCCGUGUGUACGCUAAGGGCUAUCGUCCCCAAAACCAAGACGCCUCAGAGCAAGAUACCAUGGAGCAAGAGGCUCCGGCUCAGGACCCGUUCAAGGAGGAUGCCGCCAGCCUGAAGGACAGCAAGCCAUAA